AUAAAUGAAACCACCAAACACUCGUUCCAGACAUACAUUUCUUCUCACAAAUUACCAGAAGCUUUAACCAAUGAUUUAACAAUAGGAAGCUCAGAUAUUGGAGGUACUCCUCUCAUAAUGACACCAGAAAACAUAAAUUUUUUGGAUUUUGUGUCUACAACCACGGACUCUCCAAUGUAUUUUAUAUUCCGUAAACCGUUAAUAGCAUUUGUCCAAAAUGUUUAUGUUGUGCCUUUCGAGAAAUUCGUCUGGUAUGCCGGGUAUGUCACCGUUACCAUCUCCAUUGUUCUUAUCUUCAUUAUUUGCACUUGGGAAUGGACUGUACCACAGCUAAAAUGCAACCAUCGUCCGGACAUUUUGGAGGUUUGCAUUGAAGAAAUUGGUGUGAUCGCUCAACAGGGUACGGAAUUAGAGCCAAAAGGAAUUGCUGGUGGUAUAACUAGGAUUAUCGGGUUGUACUUUAUGAUGUUUUUGAACAUCGCUUACUGUGCGAUGAUUUUAGUUCUGAUACAGUCUAGAGCUGAUGUUUUGGACAGUGUAACAGAUUUGGGUACUUCUAAUAUUGUUCUAGGUAUUGAGAAAAAUUCAAUUAUUGUUCACCUAUUUCAGGUAAGAAAAUUUUGAAUUUUUUAUCGGAAACAGCCAAUUUUGAUUGUAGAAUGAAACAGAUCCAAAGAGAAAAGAGAUUUAUAGAAAUAAAUUAGCACCACCAGGAGGAGAAGCAAAUAUUUUCGAUGUGCAAACAGGUGUUCGUAAAAUGAGGGAUGAAUAUUUCGCAUUUCAUAUACAAGAACUAUCUGACUAUGAAACCAUAAAAAGGGAGUUGCAGGAAUCUGAAAUCUGCUGUUUGAAAGUCGUGCCAUUCUUGAAACACUUUCCUCCAAGGAUCGCAAUGAGAAAAAACUUGAAGAUAAAAGAAAAGUUUAAAAUUGGGUAAUGAGAUCAAACUCUCUGAAAAUAUAACUUGAAAUUUUUUUUAGGAUGAUGAAGUUGCAUGAAUUUGGCAUUCUGGAAUGUCAGUAUUUAAGAUUUAGUCCGAUAAAACCUUUAUGUUUGGAUGAUACUGUUUUUGUGAACGUUGGUUUUGUGCAUUGUUACACAGCUUUUUUAUUGUACGGAUUUGGAUUGGUUUUGGCACUUUUCAUAUUGGUUUGCGAAGUUUUACAUCAUAAAUAUGUUACCACAAAAAACUAUCACAAUUAGAAUAAGCAUAAAGUUCGUUUGUAGUUGUUUUUUGUAAAUAUUUAUAUUAUCACAUUAAAUAGUAGGAGUGACUUUUUUCAAAUGAAAUACACUGUUAUUAAAUUCUGUGGCAACGUGUAAUUAACAGAUUGCUUAAAAAUUCAUACAGUGUUCCAUAUAAAAGUUGGGAGCGUGUUAAAACUGAACAUAACUAAAUACAAUGUUGAAAUUAUACUUGGUAAUUUUUUGUUCGAUCAAAUUCUCCCAGUCUAAUGACUAUAUUUAUUUGGUUAAAGAUUUUGUUAAUUAUCAAAAAACAACUACUAAACUUAAUGCCUACGUUUGUUGGAAAAAUAAUGAAAUUCUACAGUUUUAUAAAAUUUUGCACCAUAACAACAUUUUUGCAAAAAUUUCUAGCGUCAACUCCAUUAACUAUAAUUUACCAGAAGAACACCAGAUGUUCGUUUUGGAUAUGAGUUGCAACAAUUCCAAAAACUUCCUGACAAAUGCAAACAAACAACAAUUUUUCAAAUCACAAUUUCGCUGGUUAAUCUGGAAUUUCGAUAGUAUCUACGACUUUAUGUACAUGGAUUUCGGAGUUGGCAGCCACAUUUACACAGUCACCAAAGCAGGAAUCGAAUAUAAAAUCACUUCACUGUACAAACGCACAAUUAAUUCCACAAACCUGGUCGAAAAUGAAUUGGGAACUUGGUCGCAUUUCGGCGGAAUCUCCAUAGCUUACCAAUUUUCCAACGUUAGAAACCGGAGUAACUUAAUGGGGUUGCCUCUUGGCGUUUCCUACGUGACUGUGAACCCCGACACGUUAAACCAUCUAGACGAUUACAGAGACAAGCACAUAGAUUCUAUCACCAAGAACAACUACAUCUUGACAAACCAUUUGAUUGACACUAUGAACGCAACGAUUGUUCCCACCUUCAGAAGUUCCUGGGGUUAUUAUAACCAAACCACUAAACAUUACGACGGCUUAAUUGGUGACUUGCAAAGUGGGAGAGCGGAAAUCGGAGGCACACCCUCAUUUGUAACCAUAGACAGGUUAAAAGUUGUAGAUUACACAGCUUCCACCACCAAAACAUUCAUGAGGUUUAUAUUCAGAGAUCCACCUUUGACUUACGUAACCAACAUUUUCACCUUACCUUUCGAUACGUAUGUUUGGUAUGCUUUUUUUAUAGUUUUUAGUAUCGUUAUGGUAGCUACGUAUGGUAUAGUUUAUUGGGAGUGGAAGGAUCCAAUUUUUAGUGAGACCUUAGAUUAUCAAGACUUCAUUUCACCAUUACAACCAGAUAUUUCCGAAAUUUGUAUUGCAGAAAUAGGAUUAAUAACUCAACAAGGAAGUGAGUGCGAGCCUAAAAGCAACGGAGGAAGGAUCGCCACGUUUUUCUCCAUGUUAAGUUUGAUGUUUUUGUACUCGGCAUACUCUGCAAACAUUGUUGCUUUGUUGCAAUCUAGAACUGACAGUCUUCGUUCUUUGGAAGACAUUUUAAAUUCAAGGAUAAAGCUUGGAGUGGAAGACAUUGUCUAUGCUCACUAUUACUUUGAAUCAGUUACAGAACCGUUAAGGAAACAGAUUUAUGAUCAAAAAAUCGCACCAAAAGGCCAAAAGGCAAACUUUAUGAAAAUAGAAGAGGGGAUUGAGAGGAUGAGGUCGGAUUUCUUCGCUUUUCAUGUAGAGGUUUCGCGUGGUUAUAAAGUUGUAGCUGACACGUUUAAAGAGACGGAGAAAUGCGCCCUGAGGGAGAUUAUCUUCUUCACCAAUGUUGUUGCACCCCAUUCGUUGGUCAGGAAAAAUACUACUUAUAGGGAAAUAAUUAAAACGAGUAUGGAAAGAAUUGCAGAGUCUGGACUUCAACAAAGGGAGUUCCUAAAGAUAUACACUAAAAAACCGGUGUGUCAAGGUCAGGGUAGUAAUUUUGGUAGUGUCGGACUUAUUGAUUGUUAUGCGUUGUUCUUGAUUUUUGGCAUUGGUUUAAUGGUCUCUAUUAUUAUUCUUUUUAUUGAAAUUAUUUACAAAAGGUUUAGGAUGAAUACUGUUGAAGACAGAGUUAAAUCCAGCAAUAUAAUUGUUUCAGAAGACGAUAAGUCUUUUAACGAUCUACCUGUUGAGGAAUUUAUUGAAUAAGAAGUGGGUUAUAUUUGCACAUUAUUAUUAGUUAUUUAAGCUAUUGAAAUUUAAUGAAUUUAAAUGUUUCAAAUAAAAAUAUU